AUGAGUAUGAGAUCCAUAAUUGGGAUCUUGUUAGUCUUAUUUUUUGGAGGGUACUUCUGUGGAACCGUGGUGUCAACAACGGUGACGUAUGAUCGUAAGGCACUCGUUAUUGAUGGAAGGAGGAGGAUUUUGCAGUCAGGAUCCUUGCAUUAUCCACGAGCUACACCUGAGAUGUGGCCUAACCUUAUCAGAAAAGUGAAGGCAGGAGGGCUGGAUGUGAUCGAGAGUUAUGUUUUCUGGAAUUACCAUGAGCCUGUCAGAGGCCAGUAUUACUUUGAAGGCAGAUUUGAUCUUGUAAAGUUUGUGAAGACAGUUCAGGAGGCUGGCCUAUUUGUCCAUUUAAGGAUCGGCCCGUAUGCCUGUGCCGAAUGGAACUACGGGGGAUUCCCUAUGUGGCUACAUUUUAUUCCUGGAAUUCAAUUUCGGACCUCAAACAAUCUCUUCAAGAAUGAGAUGAAGCGUUUCUUGGAGAAAAUUGUCAACUUGAUGAAGGAUGAGAAGCUUUUUGCAUCUCAAGGUGGUCCAAUAAUACUUGCUCAGGUGGAGAAUGAAUAUGGCAAUGUUGAGGGAGCUUAUGGAGUUGGUGGAGAGAAGUAUGUCAAAUGGGCUGCUAAAACUGCUGUUAGUCUUAAUACCACAGUCCCAUGGGUGAUGUGUUCGCAGUCUGACGCCCCUGAUCCAAUUAUAAACACAUGUAAUGGUUUCUACUGUGAUGGAUUCACCCCGAAUUCCAAAUCCAAGCCUCCAAUGUGGACUGAAAAUUACUCUGGAUGGUUUCUUUCAUUUGGUUAUCCCAUUCCUUACCGACCGGUUGAGGAUCUUGCUUUUGCUGUGGCACGCUUUUUCGAACAAGGUGGCACUUUCCAGAACUAUUAUAUGUAUUUUGGUGGCACCAACUUUGGGCGAACUGCAGGUGGUCCUUUAAUUGCUACAAGCUACGACUAUGAUGCUCCACUGGAUGAAUAUGGUUUUCUUCGCCAACCAAAAUGGGGACACCUCCGUGAUUUGCACAUUGCAAUUAAGCUUUGUGAAGACUACUUGGUUGAAGCAGAUCCAAUUAGAGUGUCACUUGGUGUGAACCUUGAGGCACAUGUGUAUUACAAAACUUCCAACGAUUGUGCAGCCUUUCUUGCUAAUGUUGACAGUAAAUUAGCUGCAACUGUCACAUUCAAUGGAAACUCUUACUUUCUUCCUGCUUGGUCUGUCAGCAUCCUUCCAGACUGCAGAACUGUAGUUUUCAACACGGCAAAGGUCACUUCCCAAAAGACCCUUGAAGUAUGUGAUGCUUCACCUGCAAUGGAUACUGUCAUGGUAAGGCAGUCUUAUUUGGAUUCAUCAGAAUGGAGUUGGUACGAAGAGAAAAUAGGGGUUUGCGGCAACAAAUCAUUUGUGGAAUCAGGUUUACUAGAACAAAUAAAUACAACCAAAGACACGAGCGAUUUCCUCUGGUACACCACAAGUAUCAAUAUAAAUGACGACAUGGAGAUACAUAAACCAAUAGAGGCAAGCUUGAAGAUUUCAAGCUUGGGGCAUGCAGCUAUGGUUUUCGUGAACAAGAAGCCAGUAGGAUUUGGUUAUGGCAUUCAUGAUGGUGCCAGCUUUGCGCUGAACAAGAAAAUUAGUCUCAACCCUGGAACUAAUGCAUUGGACAUCUUAAGCAUGAUGAUUGGCUUACAGAACUAUGGACCAUGGUUCGAUAUUCAAGGUGCAGGAAUUGAUUCAGUCAAUGUUACUGGUUUGAAGAAACAUACAGAACAUCUUUCUUCAGCAAAAUGGACAUAUCAGGUGGGAACGGAAGGCGAAUAUCUUGGACUCCAAGAGCCUGAUCUCGCUAAUAGCUCCCUAUGGUACAAAGGAAAUGCAGUACCAGUCAAUCAUAGCCUGAUAUGGUACAAGACAAUAUUUGUAGCUCCCGAGGGAAGUGGUCCGUUAUCUUUGAACCUCGCUACCAUGGGAAAGGGUCAAGCCUGGGUGAAUGGACAGAGUAUAGGAAGAUACUGGCCUGCCUAUAUCUCUCCAACAACAGGUUGCACUGACAAUUGUGACUACAGAGGAAGCUACAAUGCCUGGAAGUGUCUGAAGAAAUGCGGACAGCCUGCUCAAACAUUGUACCAUAUACCUCGCACUUGGUUAAAUGCUGGUAAGAAUCUGUUAGUGCUGCAUGAAGAGCUGGGUGGAGACCCGUCAAAGAUCUCCAUAAUCACAAGAGCUGGGCAAGAGAUCUGCACAACUCUGUCAGAGGAUGAUCUUCCGCCAGCUGAUACAUGGGAACCAGAAAUAGGGUUCACAUCCGAGGUUCCUCAUGCUCGGCUGACCUGUGAUGAAGGUUGGCACAUAGCUUCAAUUUCCUUCGCCAUCUUUGGAGAUUUUAAAGGUGAAUGUGGAGCAUUCACUCCAGGGAGCUGCUAUUUCAAUGUUGCAUCAAAAUUCGAAAAGGCUUGUGUGGGAAAACAGGGAUGUUCAGUUCCUAUUUCUACUACUAACCUUGGUGACCCAUGUCCCGGUAUGCUGAAAAGUUUAGCAGUUCAAGCUCUUUGUAACAGUUGA